AAUCAAGGAGCAGUUUUCUUCGAUCUCUCUCAUUUUCUCCAUAAAUUAGUCAUAUUUGAUUCUAGUGCCAACUCUGAAACAUCUAGACUUAAAACCCAGAACAAAAACCCACAAAAAGGAUCGUUUUUCUUCCCAUUCUUAAAUGAGGCAUUCAGUAAAUCGCCCACCAACACCCGAUGCUGGAGAUGAACAAGAUAAAGAACUUACCCUUCAAGAGAAAAUCAACAUUAAGUUGAUUGAAAGUGGAGAAAAGGAAAGAUUGAUGGAUCUUCUAAGAGACAGGCUUAUUGAAUGUGGUUGGAAGGAUGAAAUGAAAGACAUUUGCAGGGCAUUUAUAAAGAAGAAAGGGAGGAACAAUGUAACUGUGGAUGAUCUUGUUCAUCUCAUUACUCCGAAAGGAAGAGCGUUAGUUCCCGAUCCUGUGAAAACUGAGCUAUUGCAACGAAUUUGGGCAUUUCUAAAUGCAGCUGCUAUCUGAUAAGAACAAAUGCUGCGUCUCGGAGAGAAAAGUUUCGGAAUGUAGGUCGAAAGACACAAGCCAAGGGUCUUUAAGGCUUGAAUCAAAUUGUUUCUAGGUUAGUGACUGCAAUGCUACCUGCUCGGUGUUCGCUCGGGACAUCCUUGGCAUUUAUUGCAAGGUUUAGGUUUGCAGGGGAAGAUAUAUAACCUUAUAUUUGUAAGACUCGAGUCUUGUGAAAUGGAGUACUUGUGCUUGUUUUUGUCUGACUAACUUCUACUCGUAAUUUUCAUAGGCAAUAAUGAUUAUGUAAACGAUAGAAAGGAGCUCGAUGCUUAUUGUGUAGCUCGAGUGGGCUUGAUAUUUUAGAGUCGAAUACUCAAAUGUAUGUAAGCAAGCUUGUGGUUUUAGUUAUAUUUACUAUUGGAAGUGUCAUUUCUAUCACA